AUGGAUCGAAAGAUACAGGCAAAUGUAGAAGCUGAUUCUGAUGCACCAGUAAAUCCACCAAAGGUUGAGGAAAAGCAUAGUGCUAUUCCUAAUGAUUUAUCGACUGGUUCUGAUGUCUCUAAAAGGAAAAAUCUCCGAGCUAAUGCGGAGAAGUUUAAGUUCCAGGCCGAGGUCUCUCAACUUAUGGACAUCCUUAUCAACUCUCUUUAUAGUAACAAGGACAUCUUCUUGACGAAGCUGAUUUCCAAUGCUUCUGAUGGACUGGACAUGAUCAGUUCCCUUACACUCACUAACUUUGGUGAAGGUGAUAAUACUAAGCUCAAGAUUCAGGUUAGUGAUUCGUACCUUAUUGACUUACUCUAUCUUUGUUGGUUACCCAUUGAGAAUUUCUUUUUACGCUCAUUCAAUUGUGGUUAUUUCAUGGAUUGCAGAUUAAACUCGAUAAAGAAAAGAAAAUUCUUUCCAUUUGUGACAGAGGUGUUGGUAUGAAUGACUAAGGAGGAUCUAAAAAGAAUUUGGGAACCAUAGCUAAAUCUGGAACUUUAAGAGAUUUCUAACAUAACAUUCAAGAGAAAUUUUUUUCCUUCAUAGAUUUCUAAAGUUCAAGAGAAAUUUGUUUCCUGUAUAGAUUUUUAACAUUCAAGAGAAAUUCAUUUCCUUUAUAAAUUUCCAACAUUGAAGAGAAAUUUGUUUCAUGUAUGAAAGAAUACUGUGAGUGUCUAUGAGUGUGUACAUGAUAUGCAGUAUA